AUGGAGAACGUUCCCGACACGAGACUCGACUUUCUUGGCAACUUCGUGCAGAAGACGCUGAAGUUAAAACCAGAAAAGUGGGCUCGUCUCUUGGCUACAGAAGAGCUUAAAGUGGUGGUUCUGGAGUUUUUGGACAAGCCUGAGACCAUCAUCCUCAUAAUUCUCCAGAACGCAGCAGCUCAGCUGAUCCCGUCCACCAGCUUCCCAGUAAAUCUAAAGAGCAAAGCCGCUUACUUCAUUAAGAAGGCUAAACUAGUUGUUCCCAAGGAGAAUCUCAGUGAUGUUCUCAUCCUGGGGGACAUGGCCACAAAACCCAUCGAACAGCUGGCUGUUCUGGUCGAUGAGAUAUUCGUGCCACUUCUGUCGAACCCCAGUAAUCAUAAAAACUGGCCUCCAGUCGUAGCCCAGGACGUGAGCCAACAUGUGCACUCCCUCAAGAGCACGGUGCAUCAAGUCAAGGGUCAAGUGUGUGGCCAGACCGUGCUGCCCAUGCCCGUGGGCAUCGAGAGAGUUCACGAGGCCGAAAGGGAGCUCACAGAGAGUAAUGGAGAAAUUGUUGAUCUUUACUUGAAGUCUGCCAUCGAAGGUGUCAUCAUCAAAUGGGCUACUCAAAUCAACGACAUUCUCACAGAAGAAUCAGGACAAGCUUUUGCUAACGGGCAAAACCCAACUCCUUCUGCAGAAACAACAUUCUGGGAAGGUCGACUACGUAACCUUCAGUACAUCUAUGAACAGUUAAGGGAUGACCGAGUCUGGAAGAUGGCAGUUAUUUUGGAACGAACUGAUAGCGCAUAUUUCCCAUGUUUUAAGAAUAUAUUCCGUAACAUUGUUGCUGCUUUGACAGAAGCCAAGGACAUCUGCAAAUUCCUGAAGCCCCUCUCCAAACACUUUACAACACUGGAGGAGACGGACUUUGCUGACGUCUCGCCCUGUCUCAAGCCGCUGAUGCACGUCGUGUGUCUGGUGUGGGCGAACUCUCGCUACUAUUGCAACUCGGGCAAAAUCAUCAUCCUCCUCAAACAAAUCUGUAACCUGAUCAUUCAGCAGGCCAAACGCUAUCUUGAUCCCACUUCAAUAUUCCAGACAGAUGUUGAUGAAGCUAAGCAACGUGUACAGCUCUCUAUAACGGUUUUGAAGACAUUUAGAGAGAUAUUUGAUGAGUACAAGGACAACUUGGUGCCUUUCUUUAAGGAUCGACCACCUCAACUGUGGACCUUCCAUCCAAAUGUUAUCUUUGGCAGAUUUCAGCUCUUUUUGGACAGGCUACAUACAAUUCAAUGGUUUUUUGACACGGUUCUUGAGUUCAUGAAGCUGGAGCGAGUGGAGAUAGGCGGUCUCAAGGGAAGAGCCCUUAGUUCUCGAAUCAUCACAGUUUCGCGAGAGUUCAAUGAUCACUUCACCGUAUUCGCCACCAAGACCUACGAUGUCUUGGACCCCGAGGAUCCUUCUUUUCUCAUUGACUAUGAAUCCUUCCAGAAAAAUAUUGAGGACUUGGACCGUCGUCUAGCUUCCAUCCUCUGCCAGGCCUUUGACGACUGUUCAAAUUUGGAAAGUGUCUUUAAGUUAAUUGAGAUUGUGGGUUCUGUGCUGGAGCGGCCUCUAAUCAAAGAAGAGUUCACCACAAAGUACCAGAUGAUUGUCAACAUGCUGGAGUUUGAGAUGUCUACUUCAGAGGAACUAUUCAAUGAACAUAUGGAAGAGUUCAUGACGACGGGUCGGAUGCCGGUUGCCAAGAACAUGCCCCCGGUGGCUGGAGCCCUCCAGUGGACUGCUCAACUCAGGCAGAGGAUCACUCUACCAGUUCACAGUUUCAAGAGUCUCGACCAUAUCAUAGUUCAGUCGCCAGAUGCCCAGGCCGUGAUAGAACGCUACGAGCGUCUGAUGGCUCUCCUUGCGGAGUUUGACCAGAGACUGUUCUCUGAGUGGACCAAUCUCGUGCCCUCUCAGAUCGCUCGCAACCUCAAGCGAUCCUUGCUUACGCGCACCAAGAACAACAGCGAGCUGCUGCUCAACUUCCACAAUCAGUUGACAACUAUCCUUCGGGAAGUCCAUUAUCUGCAGUUGGCGGAGAAAGAGGAUAUACCCGAGGAAGCCAUCAAGCUUUAUGAGAAGAGAGACGUAUUCAGGAAGUAUACCGUACAACUGAACCUCACAAUUGAAUGGUACAACAAAGUGAGAAGGAACAGCCGAGAGGUAGAGUUCGAGUUGGUCAAGGAACAAGUGGAGAAGAUUGACCAAUUGAUCCAGAAGGGACAGAAGGAACUCGAUUGGAAUUCUGCCGACUUAUGGGAGUUUAUAGAACGCUUGCACGCUCUGGUGGAGAAACUGCAAGGUAGGAUACAGAAGACUCAAGAGAACGUGAAGCAGAUGGAAGCGGUCAUGUGUACGUGGCGGAAGAUGCCCCUAUUCGAGAGAAGGGAUGGGAAGAAAGACACACUUCUCUGCAUUGAAGAAAGACAGGACCGAAUUGCCAAAAGGUACGCUGAGAUCGGAGUUGCCGCCAACGAAAUCCACCUCUUGCUGAAAGAUAACUGUCGCCUGUUUAACAUGGAGAACAGCUUGGACAGCGCUCAGUGGUUAGACUACGUAGUCUACGUGGAUAGUAUCGUCUCUGAUGCCCUUCUCCGCACUAUUGGCUGCAGCUUAGGGUACUUAGCCGAGCACAUGGACCCCACCAAUCAGUUCGCCCCCCUGUUUGAGGCUCAGUUAGAGCUAAGAGAGCCGGACCUGGUGUUUGUUCCGCCAUUGGACCUGGACCGACCUGACAACUUCACUAGCCUUGUGCAAGGUCUCAUUGAGGACAUUAUCAAGAUGGCCAACCUGAUACCGAGGAUCGCCACCCACUAUGAACACCCGGACUAUCAGGAUGACAUGGAGAAGAACAUUGACAUCACCGAUAUGAAACAAGACAUAAUCGAUGGAUGUCAAAGUGUCAUGGAUGAGGCAAACGAGUUCUGCAGCGGGUUCGAGGCGUAUUCUUACCUAUGGCUGGACGACAGACAGAUGUACAUGCAACAGUUCCUGAUGUACGGAAGACAGCUGAACAUAGAAGAGCUAGAGUUGCUGGCUAUGGGAGACGUCUGUGGACCAGAACCGACACCCCCCACGAUGGACAAGUUCAAGGAACAAAUUGACAACUUUGAGAACCUUUAUGCGGAAGUAGAGGAUUUGGACUCGGUUCAGAUAUUCAGCGCCUGGUUCCAAGUCGACAUCAGUCCCUUCAAACAAGCGCUGCUCAACACCGUCAGGAAGUGGGGCCACAUGUUCAAACAGCACCUGAUAGAACAUGUCACAAACAGCCUUUCGGACCUCGCCAACUUCAUUCAUGAGGCAGACGAAGGGCUGUUGCAGCCCGUGGAGGAAGGUGACUAUCAAGGACUUGUCAACGUCAUGGGAUAUCUAAUGAACGUCAAGGAGAGACAAGCCACUACUGACGAGAUGUUCGAGCCUAUCAAGAGUACCAUUGAGUUGCUCAAACAGUACGACCAAGAGCUACCUGAGGAGGUCAACGUGUUACUUCAGGAGCUGCCAGAACAAUGGAACAACACUAAGAAGAUCGCCGUGGUGGUAAAGCAGCAAGUAGCACCUCUUCAAGCCAGCGAGGUGUCCUCCAUCCGCAACAAGAUCGCCGCCUUCGACGCCAGCCAGUCUCAAUACAGAGAGUUCUUCAAGAAGGCGCCGUUCCUCCGGUACGAUUGCUGGGAUCCAUACAAGAUGUUGGAUGACACCGAUGUGGUGAUCCAUAACCACGAGACCGAGAUGUUGAGGAUCCAAGAGAGCGCAUCCUUGUUCGAAGUCAACGUCCCGGACUUCAAACAGCUUAAACAAUGUCGUCGUGAGCUUCGAAUGCUCAAGCAAUUGAGGGACUACGUUCACAUCGUCCAGACCAGUGUUGAAGAUUGGAAAACCACUCCUUGGCGUCAAAUUGAUGUGGAAAAUAUGGACUUAGAGUGCAAAAAAUUCGCUAAAGAAAUCAGAGCCUUGGACAAGGAAAUGCGGACUUGGGAUGCGUAUGUGCAGCUGGAGGCGGCGGUCAAGAACAUGCUUACAUCACUUAGAGCAGUCGGAGAGCUGCAGAAUCCUGCAAUCAGAGAGCGUCAUUGGCAACAACUCAUGAAGUCCACUAAGAGUUUAGCUGCACUGCCCCCUGAAGUCACUGUAAAGUUCGUGAUGGACGAGGGUACAACUCUGAGCGACCUCCUCGCAUUAAACCUACAUGAAUGUGAGGACGAGGUGAAGAACAUCGUGGACAAGGCGGUGAAGGAGAUGUCCAUGGAGAAGAUCCUCCGAGAAUUACACAGCACCUGGAGCACCAUGGAAUUCCAGCAAGAAAAACACUCCAGGACCGGUUGCACGUUACUACGCGCCAGUGAGGAACUCAUAGAGACGCUGGAAGAAAAUCAGGUACAACUGCAAAACCUGAUAACGUCCAAGUUCAUAGCUCACUUCCUGGGUGAAGUGUCGGCCUGGCAAUCGCGUCUUAGCGUCGCAGACCAAGUGAUCACGGUUUGGUUUGAGGUGCAACGUACAUGGAUACACUUGGAGUCCAUCUUCAUGAGCUCAGAAGAUAUACGCAAUCAGCUGCCCGAGGACUCAGCUAGGUUCGACCACGUCGAUGAGGAAUUCAAGAUCCUGAUGGAAGACAUGGCGAAGACACCGAACGUGGUGGAGGCGACCAAUAAGGUGGAUCUGGUGAAAAAUCUGGAGGUCCUGCAGAAGGAACUGACGCUCUGCGAAAAAGCUCUUGCAGAAUACCUAGAGACCAAGCGACUGGCUUUCCCCAGGUUCUACUUCGUGUCAUCAGCUGAUCUACUGGACAUUCUCUCCAACGGCAACCAGCCUGAACUGGUUGCAAGGCAUUUGACAAAGCUUUUUGACUCAAUGGCGCGACUCAAGUUCGUGCCUGGAGAGGUAGAAGGCACCAAGAGUGCCCUGGGGAUGCACGCCAAGGACGGGGAGUAUGUAGAGUUUAACCAUGACUGUGAUUGUAGUGGGCCGGUGGAAGUCUGGUUAAAUCGUCUUCAAGCUGCGAUGCGAACGACUAUCCGACAUUACUUUGGCGAAGGAGUGGUCAGUUAUGAAGAAAAGCCCAGGGAGCAAUGGUUGUUUGACUACCCAGCCCAGGUCUCUCUCUGCGGCACACAAAUAUGGUGGACAACGGAAGUUAACAUUGCCUUUUCUAGAUUGGAAGAAGGAUAUGAAAAUGCCAUCAAGGAUUAUCAGAAGAAACAGAUCUACCAGUUGAGCACCCUGAUAUCCCUGCUCCUGGGGGAACUGACCAAGUUGGACCGCCAGAAGAUAAUGACGAUCUGUACAAUCGAUGUACAUUCCCGGGAUAUGGUUUCCCGCCUGAUCCAAGCCAAGGUGGAGAGCGCUAGCGCCUUCCAAUGGCAGUCGCAGCUCCGUCACAGAUGGGAUGAGAGAGAACGUGACUGUUUCGCCAACAUUUGUGAUGCUCAGUUCCGCUAUUGUCACGAGUAUCUGGGAAACACUCCCCGCCUUGUCAUCACCCCCUUGACCGACAGAUGCUACAUCACUCUUACUCAGUCCCUCCACUUAGUGAUGGGAGGAGGUCCUGCAGGACCGGCUGGCACUGGUAAAACUGAAACCACCAAGGACUUGGGCAGAGCACUUGGCAUCAUGGUAUAUGUCUUCAACUGUUCAGAGCAAAUGGACUAUAAGUCCUGUGGCAAUAUCUACAAGGGGUUGGCUCAGACUGGGGCUUGGGGAUGUUUUGACGAAUUCAAUCGCAUCUCUGUGGAGGUGUUGUCUGUGGUCGCUGUUCAAGUCAAGUCUGUCCAGGAUGCCAUACGAGACAAGAAGUCAAGAUUCAACUUUAUGGGUGAAAUGAUCGCAAUGGUUCCUACAGUAGGCAUCUUUAUAACAAUGAACCCUGGGUAUGCUGGUCGUACAGAACUGCCAGAGAACCUCAAGGCUCUCUUCAGGCCGUGCGCUAUGGUAGUACCAGACUUCGAGCUGAUUUGUGAGAUUAUGUUGGUGGCAGAGGGAUUCCAGGAGGCCAGAAUCUUGGCUCGCAAGUUUAUUACUCUGUACACACUCUGUAAGGAGUUGCUCUCCAAACAAGACCACUAUGACUGGGGCCUCAGAGCCAUCAAAUCCGUGCUCGUUGUGGCGGGAUCUCUCAAGCGAGGAGAUCCUGGUAGGCCUGAGGAGGAAGUGUUAAUGCGCGCCCUACGUGACUUCAACGUCCCGAAGAUUAUCACAGACGACGUGCCAGUGUUCAUGGGCCUCAUUGGUGACCUGUUCCCAGCCCUUGAUGUGCCCAGGAAACGUGACCUUGAGUUUGAACGGACUGUCAAGCAAGCCGCCAUGGACCUCCUACUCCAGCCUGAGGACAACUUUAUACUUAAAGUUGUACAGCUGGAGGAACUAUUGGAAGUGAGACACUCGGUCUUUGUAGUCGGUAAUGCUGGCACCGGUAAGACCCAGGUAUGGAAGACGUUGAUCAAGACUUACCAAAACAUCAGACGCAAACCCGUAUUCAACGACUUGAACCCUAAGGCAGUCACCAAUGAUGAACUCUUUGGUAUCAUUAACCCAGCCACAAGAGAGUGGAAAGAUGGGUUGUUCUCGGUGAUUAUGAGAGAGCAAGCGAACCUUUCCGGAGAACACCCCAAGUGGAUCGUACUUGACGGUGACAUCGACCCAAUGUGGAUUGAGUCACUGAACACUGUCAUGGACGACAAUAAGAUUCUAACGCUGGCCAGCAAUGAGAGGAUAGCCCUGAACCCCUCCAUGAGACUGCUAUUUGAGAUCUCCAAUCUGCGGACCGCUACCCCAGCCUCUGUUUCUCGAGCUGGCAUUCUCUACAUCAACCCUCAGGAUUUGGGCUGGAACCCGUACGUGACCAGCUGGAUCGAAACCCGAGAACACACCUCGGAAAAAUCCAAUUUGGUGAUUCUCUUUGACAAGUACAUACCGUCGUGUCUCGAGAAUGUGAGGACUCGCUUCAAGAAAAUCACUCCGAUCGUGGAGAUGGCUCACAUUCAGAUGUUGUGUCACUUGCUCAACUGUCUUCUGAACCCAUCCAACACCCCAUUGGACUGUCCUAAGGAAUGGCACGAGUUGUACUUCUGUUUCGCCUGCGUGUGGGCAUUUGGGGCAGCUAUGUUCCAAGAUCAGACAGUCGAUCAUAGAGUAGAGUUCACAAAAUGGUGGGUGAACGAGUUCAAAUCUGUUAAGUUCCCGCCGCAAGGAACAGUGUUCGACUAUUAUAUUGACUCGGAGACCAAACAGUUCCUGCCGUGGACUGAGAGACUGCCUAAGUUUGAGCUGGAUCCUGACAUGCCUUUACAGGCAGUUUUGGUCCACACUGCAGAAUCCAUCCGUAUCCGAUACUUUGUGGAUUUACUGAUGGACAACAAACACCCAGUGAUGUUAAUAGGAAAUGCAGGCUGCGGCAAGACGGUCCUCGUCAACGAGAAGCUCACAAGUCUCUCGGAGAAUUAUGCCGUUGUCAAUGUUCCUUUCAACUUUUACACUUCUUCAGAAAUGCUUCAGAAAAUAUUGGAAAAACCUUUAGAGAAGAAGGCUGGCAGAAACUAUGGUCCUCCAGGAAACAAAACUCUUGUGUAUUUCAUCGAUGACAUGAAUAUGCCAGAAGUGGAUGCCUACGGUACUGUCCAGCCCCAUACACUGAUCAGGCAGCACCUGGACUACAAUCACUGGUAUGAUCGUACCAAACUGACUCUCAAGGACAUCCACAACUGUCAGUAUGUGUCCUGCAUGAACCCCACGGCGGGCAGCUUCACCAUCAAUCCCCGCCUGCAAAGACACUUCUGUGUUUUCGCUGUCUGCUUUCCGAACACAGAGUCACUCAACAUGAUUUAUUCGUCCAUUCUGAGCCAGCACUUUGCCAACGUGGAGCACCGGUUCCCACACGUUGUCACACGACUGUGCCCUAACGUGGUGGCUGCUACCAUUGCCCUCCAUAACAAGGCAGCUCAAGUUUUCCUCCCAACUGCCAUCAAGUUCCACUACAUCUUCAACCUCAGAGAUCUCUCUAACGUCUUUCAGGGACUCUUAUUCAGCUCAAUGGACUGCCUCACUCAGCCGACAGACCUAGUGAGAUUGUGGAUGCAUGAAUCCCAGAGAGUUUAUGGAGACAAAUUGACAGACGACAAGGACUCUGACGCCUUCAUGAAAAUUCAAAUAGACAUAGUCAAGAAGAGUUUUGAUGAAUUGGAUGAAGGGGCCGUGCUUGAAAGGCCAAACAUCUACUGCCACUUUGCACAAGGAAUCGGAGAGCCUAAAUACAUGCCGAUAUAUGAGUGGCCAGUAUUGACAAAACUCCUGCAAGAAGCGUUGGUGUCGUUUAAUGACCUUGUGGCAGCCAUGAAUCUUGUCUUGUUUGAAGAUGCCAUGAUGCAUGUUUGCAGAAUCAACAGAAUCCUUGAGUCACCCAGAGGCAGUGCCCUUCUGGUUGGUGUGGGUGGAAGUGGUAAACAGUCACUGGCUAGGUUGGCUGCUUUCAUAUCAAGUUUGGAAGUAGCUCAAGUCCAACUGAGAAAAGGUUAUGGAAUACUUGAUCUAAAGAUGGAAUUGUCUGGACUCUACAUGAAGGCUGGACUGAAGAAUGUUGGCAUCAUGUUUCUCAUGACAGACGCCCAGGUUCCAAGUGAGCAAUUCCUAGUGCUUAUAAAUGAUUUGCUAGCCUCUGGAGAAGUUCCAGAUCUUUUCCCAGAUGAUGAGGUAGAAAAUAUAAUUUCCAGCGUAAGGAAUGAGGUGAAAGGUGCAGGGCUACUGGACACAAGAGAGAACUGUUGGAAGUUCUUCAUAGACCGAGUACGCCGUCAGCUGAAGGUGGUCCUGUGUUUCUCUCCAGUUGGAUCAACGCUGCGAAUCCGUGCCCGCAAGUUCCCUGCCCUAGUCAACUCCACAGCUAUCAACUGGUUCCAUGAGUGGCCCCAGGAAGCACUUAUUUCUGUCUCUAAAAAGUUCUUGCAAGAUCUGGAAGUUUUACCGGAACACUAUCGCGAGUCUGUAGCCCGGUUCAUGGCUUACGUCCACAUACAAGUGAACGCAACGUCACGAGUGUACUUGCAGAGUGAGCGCAGAUACAACUAUACCACACCUAAGUCCUUUCUGGAGCAGAUCUCACUGUACUCCAAGCUAUUGGAGAUGAAGAGUGCCGAACUGGCCAGCAAGGUUGAUCGUCUGGAGAAUGGCCUAGAUAAACUCAAGAGUACGGCCGAACAGGUGGACAAUCUCAAAGCUAAACUUGCUGUUCAAGAAGUUGAGUUAAAAAUAAAGAAUGAUGCUGCUGAUGCUCUGAUUGAAGUUGUAGGAAUUGAGACUGAAAAGGUGUCUAAGGAGAAGGCAAUUGCUGACAGUGAGGAGCGAAAGGUGGCUAUGAUAGCUCAGGAGGUGAGCAAGAAACAGCAAGAUUGUGAGGCAGACCUGCUGAAAGCCGAGCCAGCACUCAUCGCAGCUCAGGAAGCUUUGAACACUCUCAACAAAGCUAACCUGACAGAAUUAAAAUCCUUCGGAUCUCCACCUGGCGCAGUAACGAACGUGACAGCUGCAGUAAUGGUUCUGCUUGCACCCAACGGCAAGAUACCAAAGGACAGGAGCUGGAAGGCUGCCAAAAUUGUCAUGGCUAAAGUUGACGCUUUCUUGGACUCCCUGAUCAACUAUGACAAGGAAAAUAUCCACCCGGAGAUCAUGAAAGCUAUCCAACCUUAUUUGAAAGAUGCAGAGUUUGAGCCAGAGUUUGUAAGGAGCAAAUCUGCAGCUGCUGCAGGACUCUGUGCUUGGGUAAUCAACAUAAUCAAAUUCUACGAAGUGUACUGUGAUGUGGAGCCAAAGCGUAAGGCUUUAGCGCAGGCCAAUGCUGAAUUAGCAGCAGCACAAGACAAGCUGACGGUCAUCAAGCGGAAAGUCGGGAGUCUAGAGGAGCAACUGGCUAAGUUAACAGCUGAUUUCGAGAAAGCAACUGCUGAAAAGCUGAGAUGUCAAGAAGAGGCAGAUGCUACCAGUAGGACCAUUCAACUAGCAAACAGGCUCGUGGGUGGCCUCAGUUCUGAAAAUGUGCGUUGGGCUGAAGCUGUUGCCAAUUUCAUGCAGCAAGGUACUACUCUGCCAGGAGAUGUUCUUCUGAUCACUGCCUUUAUCUCGUACGUCGGCUGUUUCACCAAGCAGUUCCGUCUUGAUUUGCUCAACAAGCUGUGGCUCCCGUACCUUCGUACAUUAGAGCCACCUGUGCCGAUCACGGAGGGGUUAGACCCUCUCACCCUGCUGACGGAUGAUGCUCAGAUCGCUAUUUGGAACAAUGAGGGACUUCCUUCAGAUCGGAUGUCCACCGAAAAUGCCACCAUUCUCUCCAAUUCUGAUCGUUGGCCUCUUAUGAUUGAUCCUCAGCUUCAAGGUGUGAAGUGGAUUAAGCAGAAAUAUGGGGAGGUGUUAGUGGUGAUUCGAUUAGGACAGCGUGGAGCCAUGGAAACACUGGAGAGCAGCUUGUCCAAGGGUAUGACUGUAUUGCUGGAGAAUAUUGGAGAAAACUUGGACCCGGUGCUGGACCCUCUUCUGGGAAGAAAUCUUAUUAAGAAAGGAAGAGCUAUCAAGAUGGGAGACAAGGAGGUGGAGUAUAAUUCCAACUUUCGACUGAUUCUACACACCAAGUUGGCCAACCCCCAUUACAAACCGGAGAUGCAGGCACAAACAACUCUCAUCAACUUUACAGUGACCAGGGAUGGCCUUGAGGACCAACUUCUGGCAGAAGUGGUCAAGGCUGAGCGUCCAGACCUGGAGGAGCUUAAGGCAGAACUUACAAAACAGCAGAAUGACUUUAAAAUUGCUCUAAAAACUCUUGAAGAUGACCUGCUUUCCCGGUUGUCAUCAGCAGGAGGGAACAUUCUGGGAGACACUGCUUUGGUAGAGAACUUGGAAACAACUAAGCGCACAGCUGCUGAGAUCGAGCAAAAAGUAGCAGAAGCCAAGAUAACGUCUGCCAAGAUUGACGAGGCUAGAGAACACUACAGGCCGGCUGCUGCCAGAGCCUCUCUCUUAUACUUCAUACUGAACGAUCUCAACACCAUCAAUCCUAUUUAUCAGUUUUCGCUUAAGGCAUUCUGUGUAGUGUUCCAAAAAGCCAUUGAGAAGGCAGAGGAAGCCACAGAUGUAGAGACCAGGGUGCUUAAUCUCAUUGACUGCAUCACUUACUUUGUCUUCGUCUACACAACCAGAGGAUUGUUUGAAUGUGACAAGCUCAUAUUCUCUUCACAGAUGGCUUUCCAGAUCCUCCUGAUGAAUGAAGAGAUUCAGCCACAAGAUUUAGACUUCUUGCUCAGGUUUCCGAUCACCCAGCAUGUCAGCAGCCCCGUUGAAUUCCUGUCCAACACCAGCUGGGGUGGUAUACGCAGCUUGUCUAGCAAGGACGAGUUCAGGAAUCUUGACCGAGACAUUGAAAGUUCAUCCAAGAGGUGGAAAAAGUUUGUAGAGUCUGAAUGUCCGGAGAAGGAAAAAUUCCCACAGGAGUGGAAGAACAAGACAGCACUCCAGAGAUUAUGUAUGAUGAGAGCUUUACGGCCUGAUAGAAUGACCUACGCUGUAGCAGCAUUCAUUGAAGAAAAGUUGGGUUCCAAGUACACAGAAGGCCGGAGUGUAGAUUUUGCUAAGUCCUUCCAAGAAGCCAGUCCUAGCACACCGAUAUUCUUUAUCCUUUCACCUGGAGUUGAUCCAUUGAAGGAUGUGGAGACACUAGGUAAAAAGCUCGGGUUCACCUCAGACAAUGGUAACUUCCACAAUGUAUCCUUGGGACAAGGUCAAGAGGUGGUGGCAGAAGAAGCUAUGGACAUUUCUGCUUCACAGGGCCACUGGGUUGUUCUUCAGAACAUCCAUUUAGUAAAGAAAUGGUUACCAGCCCUGGAGAAGAAACUGGAACACCUUAGUGACAAUUCUCAUCAAGACUAUCGUGUUUUCAUGAGUGCAGAGCCGGCUUCCACUCCUUCUGCCCACAUCAUUCCUCAGGGUAUAUUGGAGUCAUCCAUUAAGAUCACCAAUGAGCCACCCACGGGAAUGAUGGCCAACCUCCACAAAGCUCUGGACAACUUCAGCCAGGAGACACUUGAGAUGUGCUCCAAGGAGGCAGAAUUCAAAGCUAUCCUGUUCUCUCUAUGCUACUUUCAUGCUGUUGUUGCAGAACGUCGCAAGUUUGGACCACAAGGGUGGAACAGGAUCUAUCCUUUCAAUGUUGGUGAUCUGAACAUCAGUGUCAGUGUGCUCUACAACUACCUGGAAGCCAACUCCAAGGUGCCCUGGGAGGAUCUACGAUACUUAUUCGGAGAGAUCAUGUAUGGCGGGCACAUCACCGAUGACUGGGACCGCCGCCUCUGCAUCUCAUACUUGGAAGAGCUCAUGCAACCAGAUCUGGUGGAUGGAGAGCUAUUUCUAGCCCCUGGAUUCCCAGCACCCCCUAAUACAGAUUACCAAGGCUACCACACAUACAUAGAUGAAUGUAUGCCUUCAGAGAGCCCCUACUUAUAUGGCCUCCACCCCAAUGCUGAGAUCGGCUUCCUGACCACAACUUCUGAAAAUCUGUUCCGCACAGUUUUCGAGAUGCAACCCAGAGAGGCUGGUGCUUCAGGUGGCACAACUGUUACCCGAGAGGACAAGGUGAAACAAAUAGUGGAUGAAAUCUUAGAGAAGCUGCCGGAAGAGUUUAACAUGACAGAAAUCAUGGGGAAGGUGGAAGAACGGACACCAUAUGUGAUUGUGGCCUUCCAGGAGUGCCAACGUAUGAACCAUCUAACAGGGGAGAUGAAACGCUCUCUGCGGGAACUGGACUUGGGUCUUAAGGGAGAGUUGACAAUAACAUCAGACAUGGAGGAUUUGGAGAAUGCUCUAUUUCUUGACCAAGUUCCAGUUAUCUGGACUCAGAGAGCCUACCCUUCCCUACUUGGCCUCACGUCUUGGUUUGCUGAUUUAUUGCUCCGCCUCAGGGAACUGGAAACUUGGUCCACUGAUUUUGUGCUCCCUCCAUCAGUGUGGUUGGCUGGUUUCUUCAAUCCCCAGUCUUUCCUAACAGCCAUUAUGCAGAGCACAGCACGCAAGAAUGAACUGCCUCUGGACAAGAUGUGUCUGCAGUGCGAUGUCACAAAAAAACAGAAAGAGGAUUUCUCGUCAUCUCCAAGGGAUGGCGCCUAUGUUCAUGGAUUAUUCAUGGAAGGAGCCCGUUGGGACAUACAACAGGGAGUCAUCAUGGACUCCAGGCUUAAGGAGUUGUUUCCUCACAUGCCUGUCAUUAACAUCAGGGCUAUUACACAGGAUAAGCAAGACAUGCGGAACAUGUACGAGUGUCCAGUAUACAAGACUCGUACCCGUGGGCCCACUUAUGUCUGGACAUUUAAUCUCAAGUCUAAAGACAAGCCCGCAAAGUGGACGCUGGCUGGGGUCGCACUCCUGUUACAAAUUUAAGUGGCAGUGGCCGAUGGUAACAGAUUUGCGAUCCUGGUCCGUGUCGUCCUUGCCCAUUGGCCGACUUUAACUUUCCUCCUAACAGCUUAUACUCCCAUAGAUCCCUUAAAUCAGUUAUUAAUACCAAAUUUUUAAAUACACAAAAAUUAACUACAUGUCUCCCUUUAGAUUACAAUGUCCUGAUGUGUUUCGUCUUGUGUAAUCCAUUUACUGUGUGUCUUGUCUAUGUGUUAUCCACUUACUACGUGUACUGUCUUUGUGUUUCCUGUCUUGCUUCUCACAGUCACUAUGCUUAUUAGAAAUCUAGCAAUAAUAUCAGGAGUAGAACAGAACCACUUUUUGUUUGUUUAUCAUAGGUAGAUUUUGUUCUGGUCUGUUUAUGUUUGUUCUUCGGUUUAAUACUUUUCAAACUUUUAUCCAGAUGAUAUUUAAAUUUUCUGUUAAAUAUUUGAUAAUUAAUUUGAUAAGAUAAUUAUUAAAACACUUUUCUAACGACAAUAAUUUAAUGACACAUACACAUGGUGCUCAUAAAGCCUGUUCUUCUUUGCUAAUGUUUAAUGUAACAGAUAGAAAGAGAAAACUUUGGUGAAUAUUUAUAAAAUCAUAGAACCUAUUUUUAUUUAUUCAAUUCUAAUGUUAGUACUGUUAUAUCCCCUGAUCUGUGGGAAAUAAUGAAGACUAUUAUUUAUGUACUUUCAUUCUCCAAUAAAAAUAUGUUUCCUCAGGGCAUGUUUUGAUGCGACAUCAUCAUCUUCAUUAUUAGUACGUUCAUCAGAUGGAAGUUAUUACCCACAAGGCUUUCUCAGGUAAGAUAAAAUAUUGACACAAACAUGAAAACAUCAUAGUAAAGGCAAGAGCUGACUGGUUGGUUCCUUAUCCUGUGUUAUCAUCUUAUCAAAUUGGAAAGGGACAGGUGUACCUACUUUUGUUAUAAACAAACAUUAGAAAUAGAGUGAGAACUAAAUUUUCAUUAUUAAAAUAUUGAUUUAACACUUAAUAAUAGAUUAAAAUAAGAACCUCCAGAAGUUUGAAGUACAACAUAAUUCUUUAGAAAUCAAAAUCAAGAUGGCCACCAGUACAGUUUGCUUUUAAAUUAUAUGUUUUUGUCAUCUCAUUUAUUGGCUGCAUCAUGUUUUAUGUUGUAUAUUGUAUGUGUUGUGUUUUAAUUCACCUGACAAAUCCUUAUGGUUAACCAACAACUUCCAUCUGAUGAACUAGUGAAUGAUGAUGCAGACACAUCAACAAAUGUCCUAAGCUGUCUUACCAAGCUGAACAACAGUACAAAAGUAAUCUACUAUUAACAUUUUUUUUUUUUUUUUUUGAAUCUCCUUUAUAUGUCGUUCAAUAACAUUUUGAUAAAAAAUUUAUCUUGUUUAUUACUUUUAUAAAUAUUCAACAUACAAUUUUUAAUUUUACUGAGUAAAUUAUUCAUAAGGAAGCCCUAUUGAAAACUAUGAAUAAUAGGAAAAAUAUUAUUAGAAUAUAUAU